AUGGAGUCUGUAAAGUAUUUAUUGUCGAAAAGUCGAUUCAUUGAGCCUCGUGUUGGCCAGUUGGAUGCGAAUAUUCUUGAUAGUGAACUCUUGGAUCUUCUGAAAAGCCAACUUUACUCAUCAUUCAAAUAUUUUCAUCCUGAAAUAAAAGACAAAUAUGAACCAGAACUACUACUAUUAUUGAAGCUGCUUCUAUUUAAAGUAACAAUAUGGGAUCAUUCCGCCACCUAUGGAUCCAAGCUUCAAAAUUUGAAACUGGUUGAUUCUCGUUCCACAAUUGGCAGGAUUAUUCCCAUGUCAAAAACCCAGAAACUAUCAUAUGGCCUUCUUAUUGUAGGAGGAAGUUAUUUUUGGAACAAGCUUGAAGACUAUCUAGCAAGGACAAGUAGUGGUGACUACGAAUUCGAAGAAAAUGAAGAUUAUUAUUACGACAGCCACGUGGGCAAUUAUGUUAGCCACAGUGGAGAUAUUGUGGGUACCAACAGCAUAUCCCGCCGAAGGAAGUUUAAUAUUCUAGUUGCUAAAAAACUCCGAGUUCUCGCAGACGGAUUAUCUACUCUGUGGGCAUUUUCGAGUCUUGCCAACUUCAUUCUAUUCUUAUACUCGGGCAGGUACUCUACGCUCAUACUUCGGUUACUGCGUAUAAGAUAUGUUCCCGGUUCACGGUCCCUCACUCGCCAAGUGAACUUCGAAUUUCAAAAUAGACAAUUGGUAUGGAAUGCAUUGACUGAAUUUUUAUUAUUUGUUCUGCCGUUAGUUAACAUGAGACAAGUCAAGCGAAAGACCACCAGAGCAUUCACCUCAGUAUUUGGUGGUACAAAAUCAUCAUCAUCUCCAAAUUCUAAUGAAGGAGAACUUGCAUUUUUGCCUGAAAAGACAUGCCCAAUAUGCUAUAAAUCUACAUCAGCAGAGUCUACUACGUCGGCUGUGUCAACAGAUGUUACAAACCCAUAUCAUGGCGAAUGUGGUCACCUCUACUGCUAUGUGUGCUUAACAACAGCAUUGGCAGAAGACCCUGAAGAAGGUUUCCAGUGUCUGCGAUGCAAUUCUACUAUCAAAUCUGCCUCAAGAUACAAAGAUAUAGAUCUUUCAGCAGUGGUCACAGCACCUCCUGUACCGACUUCCACAGAUGGUACUGACCGCGCUGUUGCCUCGGCGGGCUCAUCUACUUCCGCUCCAUCUGCUCCGUCAGAAGGAAAUAUUACUUCCAUACCAGAUCAAUCCAAUAUCUCUGAUGACGAAAGCACAUUCACGGGAUCGGACGAGGAGGCCGACUACGCAAUGGACGAUGAGGACAUGGGCUCGUCCAAUUUUUUCGUGGACGAAGGAGACGAGUUUUAG